GCAGUGGCAGUAAACGCUGUCGUAUAUUAGGCACUUCCAUUCUAGAGAUAUAAUUUAGGGCCUACCAAUCGUUCAACUUCAAGUCAAUAGUCAGAUCCAGAAUUCUGGAAUGGAUUGAUCAUUGAUUGCAUCGGAUUACUUAGUAUCAAUGUGAAAGACGAGCAUGUAGGUUGAAUCCUCCCUGACUCCCCCCUUGACGAUCACUAGCGACUAGCCAGAGAUUCUGACUUAAAAUGAGUCCACCUCAGAAGGAGAAGAAGUCUUCUUCUCUGCCGUGCGAGGUAUUCUUUGCCUGUACACGCUGCGGCUCUCGCUCAAGAACAGUGCCUCAGCUUCUUACCCACUACAAAACGGUGCAUAAGGAAGAGAUUGCAAAUGGAACGAUCUCAAACAAGGAUCCCGCACCUGACGGAAAGCAGGAAGAGACAAUUCCUGCAGAGGGACACAAAUCUCAGAGCCAGACCAAAGAUAUUGCCAAAGACAAGAAGGGUGGCUCUUCCAAGAAAGGGUCCAAGGAGAAAAAAGAUGAUGAAUCGGACGUCGUUUACGUUGAAGGGAGUAAAAAACCUGCGAAGCCGUCUUGUCCGGUCAUCACUCAUCCGGAGAAGGACUGUGUUAUAACAAGGAAACGGAACGUUCCGCUGGGUAUGUUGGAGGGGAAGAAGAACUCCCUGAUGGUGAUCUUCCAGCAUUCGGAUCAGAACAAGCCCCUUCCUGAAGGAUCAUCAUUCAAACUGCGUAACACAGGAGGCGAACAGACGUACCUGGUGGUCGCCAACGUCGAUGUGGAUAUUAUUGAACAGGGAAAACCAGCACAGGGUAAACGAGCGCGGGGGAGACCAGCUAAGAAAGCAAAGACUGGCAAGUGAAAAAUACCAGCUGGGCAAAGCUGGGAUUUAACAGACAUACUGGGGUUUUUUUGUGUCAAUGAGGAUAUUAGUAUUGAAAGCUAAGAAAGUAAAGACUGGCAAGUGAAGAAUAACCAAAUACAAGGUGUGCAUUGCUGGAGUUGAACAGACACUGGGGCUCGAUAUUAGCAGUGACCUGGUGGCCCGGGGCAACCAAAAAUGAGAGUCGGGCCACCAAUAUUCUGUAAAAGCCAACACCUGGUGACCCGAUUGGGCUACCAAAGUUUUGCUAAAUUGUAAUGUUUUUUAUUGUUUUAGGGCCAAUAAAUUUGCUUUGCGAGCCUCCAAAAAUAUGAAAUUGAUUAUUUUGGCGGACUGAUGAUCACUGAUCGGGCAACCAUGAAAAAAAAAGUUAGUGUGGAUCCUUGCAGACACACAUAGUUAUUAUCAAUGUUGAUAUUAUUGCACAGGAGAAUCUUGCUCAGAAAGUAAAGACGGGCAAAUGAAAACACCCCUGCUCAAUCAGCGCAACACUUGGGUUGAACCAGGCACGGAUCUGGGGGGGGGGGAUCACAGGGGGCAUGUGCCCCCCCCCCUUUUGAGAAGAAAAAUCAAAAUUUGUAAUAUAAAAAUGCCAUUGAAACCGAGGUGUGCCCCCUCUUUUUGAAAUUGAAGACUUUCAAAUUUUUUCGAGUACAAAAUAUCCUUAAUUUGUGGUUGAAAACCUUUUUUUUUUUGGGGGGGGAGGCUUUUCAAAAUUUUCCUCCGAAAACUUUGCCCCCCCCCCCUUUGAAAAUCUUGGAUCCGCCCCUGGGUUGAACAGAGACGCAUACUUGUUGCCAAUGUUGAUACGUUAAUGAUAUCGUUGAACAAGAGAAGCCUGCUUUAUAGAAAAUAGAGACAGGCAAAUAACGCUAAAGCACUUCUACCCUGGGGUUGUAGAGAGAUGCAUGGUUGUUGAUGAUGUCAUUAAACAGGGGAAAGCAUCAAAGAGAGUAAACACAGAAGUGAAAAUGACAUUGAAGUGGAGGUUAGAUGUGAAAGUAAUUUAGCAUCAAACUGAUACAUCAAGAGCUGGUUUUAUACUGGAGUAGUGUUUUAGCAUUUCAGACCACUUCAUUCCCACUUCUCCUAUCAUUGAACAAGCAACAGUAUCCUAUUCAUUGAAAUCUUUGUUUUUUUAUUUCAAAGGCAAUUAUGACAUAAAUGUACAGGUAUGCUUUUUGUUUUGUUCCUACAGCUCGAGGUUCUCUUCUUUGAAUUUAGGACAAAGUGACUUUUUUCUUUUUUCACAAUUGAAUUAUCACGAUCUGUAUGAUGAGACCAAAAAGUUCAUUCACUGCAUCAUUGGUUGAUCUGCUGAACUAUGCUGGCUGUCAGUGUCAGAAAUUUAAACUCCCAGAAGAGACGGGUUGUUCCUAAGUAUGUACUCUGUAUGAUAUUACUUCAUAAACCUCACAAAAGACAACAAUUCUAGGUUCUUUGAAUUAGACCCUCAGUAAUUUUUAGUCUGUUUGCUUUCUUUCUCCAAUAGCAUCAAACCCCAUACACCUAUUUCAUUUUCAUAAUUUGCUAUGUUCAUGGAUCAGAAUGCAGAAGGAAAAAUUCCUUACAUGUCUCUGAGCAUUAAUAUUGAAAAAUAUUUAGUAUUUUAACUAAAAUGUACAUGUAGCCUGAUAAUUGAAAUAUGAAAUGUGUUUUCCAAUAUAUUGUGAAUAAAUACUUUACUUCAUGU